AUGAGGACUCCCUUUGGAACCCUCGCAGUGGCCCUGGCCCUGCUCGCCCAGCCCUUUGACGCAACCGCCUCAGCCGUUCCAGCAGCAAAGAAAAGCAGCAUUCCUGCCGUUCAACCGUCCUCUGCUCCCUACUACUACUCUACCCAGACCGUCUUCGUCACCGAGACGGUCUCGCUGACUCGUACAAUCUGCACUCGGUCAAGCAGUGCUCUCGCUACUGGCUCCCCGAGACCAUAUCCUAUCCAUUCGUCUGGCGUGCCUCCUUUUGCCAGCUCGGGACUCGCUUCCACCCGUACCCUCUUCGUCACCGAGACGGUCUCGCUCACCACCACAAUCUGCUCGGGAUCAAGCAGUGCUGCGGCUACCGGCUCCAGGACUCUCACCAGCUCUGGUGCUGCCAUCACUACUGGCUCUGGAAGUGCCCCUG